GCUUCCUCUUUGCACCGGAAGUGUCCUCAUGGCACGUCCUGUUGCUUUGUAUCACGUGACCACCCUGGAAGCCUUGUGUAAGAUGGCGGCGCCCGUGUCGGAACCAGUCGUAGAUGGGGAGGGGUCGAUAAAAUUGAGCCACAAGAAGUACAGAGCACUUUUGAAAAAAGAGAAACGAAAGAAAAAGAGACAAGCAUUGGCAAGACUGAGAGAUUCAGAGAAAGCAGAUGAACAUGAACAUAUUUAAGAAGAAAAUGCAGAUGAUGAUGAAGAAGAAAAACUUGAAGAGGAAAGGCAAAGGCUUCAUGAAGAGUGGUUACUGAGAGAAACAAAGGCUCAAGAAGCUUUCAAGAUCAGAAAAGAAAAAGAAGAGGCAGCAAAAAAGCGUCAAGAAGAAGAAGAGCAAAAAAUAAGAGAAGAAUGGGAAGAACAGCAACGCAGAGAACAAGAGGAGGAGGACCAGAAACAGCAAGUGAAGAGAGAAAGAGAGGAGGCUGUGCAGAAGAUGUUGAGCCAAGCUGAAAGUCAGCUAGAAAAUGGAGCUACCUGGCACAAUCCUGAGCCCCCAGAGAAUAUAGGAACAGAGAAGGAUCGAGCCAAUUGUCCCUUCUAUAUUAAAACUGGAGCUUGCAGAUUUGGAGACAGAUGCUCCCGGAGGCAUAAUUAUCCAUCAUCUAGUCAGACACUCCUUAUCAGGGGUAUGUUUGUUACUUUUGGGAUGGAGCAGUGUAAAAGAGACGACUAUGACACAGAUGCAAGCCUGGAAUACAGUGAGGAAGAAAUUUAUCAACAGUUCCUAGAUUUCUAUGAAGAUGUGCUUCCUGAAUUCAAGAAUGUAGGAAAAGUUAUUCAGUUCAAGGUGAGCUGCAACUUUGAACCUCAUCUCCGAGGAAACGUAUACGUUCAGUACCAAUCAGAACAAGAAUGUCAGGAGGCUCUUGCUUUAUUCAAUGGUCGGUGGUAUGCUGGACGGCAGCUUCAGUGUGAAUUUUGCCCAGUAACAAGGUGGAAAACAGCAAUAUGUGGCUUGUUUGAAAGGCAAAAGUGUCCAAGAGGGAAGCAUUGCAACUUUCUUCAUGUAUUCAGAAAUCCAAACAAUGAGUUCUGGGAGGCCAACAGAGAUAUUCACAUUUCUCCUGAAUGGACUAAAGAAACAAGUAGGAACUCUGAAAGGCGAAGUAGAUUAGGUUACUAUGAAGAGCAUCAUUGCAGGUCAAGAAGAAGAAGCAGUCCAAGCCCCGAUCAUGCUCACAGCAAAAGAAAUGGAGAAUCUGAGAGGAAAAAGAGUCGUCACAAGCACAAGAAAAGACACCGUACUGAGAGAUCAGAAAAUCGUGGAAGACAGCGGUCACAUAAUAAAAGGAAAAGAGGGCGGAGUCACAACAGAAGCUUGACACGUAGUCAGAGUUCUUCUCGGUCAAGGAGUCGAGACAGGAAGUCCAACAGCAGAGGAAAAAAUAGUUGAAUUUAUUAUUGGUGAAUGACUAAGUUGUUCUUGUUUUUUUAAAGAAAGUGUCAGCCCCACUCAUAGUUGUACCAGAGACAUUAUAGUGUAUUGCUGUAAUUCAGAUACAAAACUGUUGUGCACUGGUCUCUCAAUUUUUACAAUAAAUUAUUAAGAAAAAGCAGGGAGUCAUCUCUUGGAAUCUGCUUAAUUACCUUCUGUAUCACAGAAAUUUGCUGCUUGUCAUAAAUCUAAUGUAAAGGCUGUGCUGCAAGCACUUAAAAAUAAUUUAUUUGAAAUUCCAUCAGUCUUUUCUUUAGAGCAGCAGUCUCCAAACUUUUUACCCUGAGGGCCACAGUGAAUACUUUCAAGAUCUUAAGAGGAAUGUGUGUGUGCACCAACCCGCACAUACAUACACAUGCACAAACGUCCCCUGCCCCCUGUGUGCUUGUGCACGGUGUUAAGGGAACAGGCCAGAUAAAAUAGCAAGGCAGGCCAGAUGUGGCCUGUGGGCCAUAGUUUGGAGACCCUUGCUUUAGAGGAUGUAAAACUACGUGGUUUUAGUUUCUAACACCACAGAACAAGAGUGAUGUUUACAAAUCAAUGUAUGGUAGUAUGCUACCAAGUCCUCCAAGCUGGUGUCUGCCAGUUCUGAACUGCAUCUAGAACUUUGGCUGCUUGUGUUCACUAUGCAUAUCAGAAAUCCAGAUUUGAUAUGGUGUGUAUAUCUAAGUUGCAUGAAUCAACAUGUAGAAUGUUGUAGGCUGUAAUCCUCCCAGCUUCUGUACUGCCAUUCUCACUGUCCCGUACCCUUAGCUGUGCUGGUUAAGACUGGCAGGAGUUGAAUUUCACUAGUAAGAGGCAUUGCACAUUACAUACUGAUGCCCUUGUUGGUAUAAACAGAAGAUAAUUUGCAUAUACACUUACUGUUCAACUGUAAGACAUUUUCAUCACAAUUGAUCAUUUACUGUUUUGAGAAGGUGAAGAUAUGUAAUUUUAUGUAAGGUUCUAUCCUAUACUAGUGAGUGGAAGGAAACGUAAACCGAAUUUCCCCACUCCUUUCUUGAAUCUCUUGACGGAGUGGAUUAUAGAACUAAGUUCACCAAGCAUCAGAAACCAAGAGGCUCAAAUUACUUUCUGGACAUUCAGUCCACUUGGGAACAUUCCCUCGUACCUUUCAGGAACUGCCAGGUGUAUUAGCUAGUAUUACCAAAAAUGUAAAAUUCAGCUAUCCUUGUAAUGGUAUAUCUGUGUUUUAAUAGAUGUGCAAGGGAUGACAUUUUUAUUGGCUUUGCCUCAGUUCACUUGGGGGGGGGGUGCUAUUCAUUCAGUUUCAGGUCUCAUGGGUAUUAUUGGCCCUUGCAAUAAACCUUUUAAGUCCCUGACUUUUUCACACUAUUUAGAGGUAAGCAGCCAUGGCAUAGAGAUGUGAAGGGGUGGAGCUGUUUGGGCAGCUAGGAGGCAAGCAGUGCUAAGGCAAGAAAACCUUCCAAGGUGGAGUCAAUGAAGGAAACUUUCAUGAAAGAGGGCUGAAGGAUCUGUAGCUUUAAUGUCAACCCUUUCAUUUAAAUAAAUUCUCCAGCUUCAAAGGGCUCUUAUGGGAAUCCAUGAAAGAACUUAAAGGGUCUCUUCUGGAACGUUAGUUUUUUUUUCACCUCCAUUCCGGUUCAUCUGAAAGUCCCAUCUCAACGCUUUAAAAUGCGUAAUAAAGCUCAGAACUACAAAUGUAGCUGAAAAUUCCCACCCCCCUUGAGAUAUAGGGUGAAAUCCAGUACUAAAUUGUAACUAGAAUAGACCCACUCAACUUACUGAGUUGAGUCACAAAAUCCCCACUGAUUCAAUGGUUCUAUAGUUGUGACUCGAUUUCAGUUUCAUACAGUACUGUGCCAAUAAUUUCUCAAAAUUAGGAAACAAAAAAAAGUCACAUAUUAAUGUCUGUAGGUCACAGUAGCCAGCUUUUGGUACAGAAUAUGGAUUUCCUUGGGAUAGUUUUCUUCUAAACAGAAUACUGCUACCCCCAAAACAAGUAAGAGACAGCUUGAAUCCAAGUAUCUUUAAAUACUGAUAUUAUCAAAAAAUGUCAAAACUAGAAGUGCCAACUGAAAUUUUUAGAAACUUAGUAGAAACACUGUUACCUAAAAACCCAUUAGGUAAUAUCAAAUUGGACUGAUGAAUCAGAAAAACAUUCACACAGCUCUUCAGAAUUCAACUGAUACUUACAAAGAAUUACAGUCAACAGGGUACAACAGUAUGUCUCAUUCUGAAGGAGGAAGUAAUAAUUUUGAAUGCUAAAAUGAAAUCCAAAUUGAAGUAAAUAAGUUUUCGUUCUCAGACUAUCACUUAGCGGAGAGGUGUUUUUUAAAACAUGGGAAUUUGACCAAUCUUUAAAAUGAAGUAUUUUGUUUUUAUUAGAAAGGCCAAUUGCAUAUUUUCAGGGUAUGUUUGUGCAGUUAAAAUCCUUUUGCGCAUCAUGAAUACUCCACAAAAACAGGAUUAAAACAUAGUUGAACA